AUCACCAGUAAAAUGUCCCUGUCCAUCCUACCGGAAUGGAAACAGCUUCUUUUGGAGCGAAAGCGACGAGAUGAAGAGGAGAGAGAGAGAAGAGACAGGGAGGAGGAGGAGAGGCUGGCCAGCAUGCCGGCCUGGAAGCGAGAGAUUAUCCAGAGAAGGAAGGCAAAGCAGGAUGAAGAGAGAGAGAGGGAGAAAGAAAAAGAUGAAGGACAACAUACUCCUGAUGUCUCGGCCAUCAUAGAGGAGGUCGUCGUUACAGAGCAGACCGACAGUAAACCAAACCCUGGAACUCCAAAUCAGUUAUCCAUCCGACAGAACCCUUUCAUCCGUUCUGAGAACAGCUGGAGGAGAGACAACAGACAACAGACAAACAACUAUACAGCGAGAGAAAGGAAUGUAGAAACAGAGAAAGAAGAAAGCAGAGGUAUGGAGAGAGAGUUUUGGAAAGAUCGAGAUAUAAGGAUCGAGGGGACCGAAAGUGAAGACAGAAGUACAGGGAGAGAACAGGUGAAGAAGUGCAGCACAUCUCUCUUUUAUCCCGUCACAGGUCUCCGCACCAUCAAGGCCAACAAUAUCAUCAUCAUUGAGAAAGAGAAAAAUAACAAGGAAAGACUGGAAAGGAGAGAGAGUGCUCGAGAGGAGGUACACAGGGAGGAGAAGAGGAUGAGGAUGGAUUUGAGAGAGUUUCUGGCGGGUGGAGGAAGUGUCACAGAGAUCAGGGCGUCAGAAGUACUGAUCAUCAAACCUCCCGCUACAGAUGAGAAAGUGGAAGCGGAGAUUCUCGAGGUCCAGGAGAGAGUAAGCAGCAGAGAACGGAGAGAGAGAGAGAGGGUAUGGAGAAAAGAGAGAGAGAUCGAGAGAGAUCAAAGAGCGCAAACAGACCGCAAGAAUGAAGUCGAGUGUGUCGGUCGAGUCAGUCAGCUGCUCAGUAAGUUCGGUGAGCUCCCCAAACCCCCAGUGCGUUCCAAGAGCACGGACUGCUUCGACCAGUUAGGUAAGAACCGAGCCAGACACAGCACAGGAGACCUGUACGUGCAGGAGGACGAGCACACGCGGCCGACAUUCAGAGGCGUUCCCAAACGCUCCUUCAGCUUCUCGGACCGUGCGGUGUGUCACCAGGAGAAUGGAGCACGUGAGGAGGAGCUGGAGUUUAGGGUGGUGGAGAGGACGUACUCGGACUGCAGGGUCAAGCCGUCUGCGAUGGUCACGGGUACGGACCCAUCUGAGAGUGAAGCGAGGGUCACAAGGCGAUGGGGGCGACUGAGACGUGAUGAUGAGGGGGUGAUGCUUGAAAAGAGACAGAUUCAGAGGAAUCAGACGGUUUGUAGAGAGAGUGGCAGAGAGGAGGGCUUCACUGUGGCCUCCGUCAAAAACCCCGAAGAUUACAACACCGCUAUAGAUGCCCAAUGCCAAGUCACCACUCCUUCAGAGGACGACAGUCUCCAGUCUUCUGAUUUUACUGCACAACCCGGCUCACGUUCACAACAGACAGAAGAUCUGCACUGCAGGACAGAAAGAGUCCGAGAGCUCAACAAGCCCUUUUCAUGUGGAGACCCAGACAUGAGCUCUGGUGAGAUGAACCAGCACACUGCUCACAUCACUCUUCCCACAAGUUACCUUAAAGAUCAGAAUCUUUCAAAACAAGCCACAGAAAACAUUCACUUCGCCUCACACAUUUCACAACAGCCUGGUACAUUGAGUCAAAACAAACCCCGUACCCAGGAGGAGGUAACCAUCCCCACAACAGUGUUUUAUGGAGUGGACGUAUCAGCAGUAAGAAAGACAAGUCUGGACAAGACUGGAGAUGGACUAGAGAGGAGAGGAAGCUGGAAGGCCGGGCGACCUUUGACCCGAGUGGAGUCUCUGAGAGAACAACUCCGUCAGCAAGAGGAGAUGCAGAGAGGAAGAAAAACUGAUGCGAUGGACGGCACAGAAGCAGAAGGAACUGUGAGAGAAGUGACGGCAAUUCAACAGGAAGCAACCACACUGCAGACUCUCAGACUGUUUGACGUCACACAGGAAGUUACUAUGGCAAAGUCAAGCCCUCAGCUUCCUAUUCCUGUUUCUCUGUCGCACUUGCAGUCGGCCUCGACAGAAAGAGAAGUCGGGGAGAUCACCAGGGAUGAAUGCGAGAGUGAUCUCUACCGCAGAGAGACGGAGCCAGCUCACCAUGUAGAGGAGUGUGGAUCACGCAGUAUUUGGAGACGACAGGACUUUGAUGUGGAAGAAGACGAAAUUGAGAGAGAGUUGUUAGAAGAAGAAUAUCUUCCUCCCUCUCUUUCUCCCUCUCCACCUCUUUCAGACUCGCUGGACGAAAUGAGUCGGAUCUAUAACCUGAAGGCGGUGGGCUCCAGGACUGCGGUAUGUAUCAAUGAACGUAAAGGGGAUAUUUCCACGCACCACAGGGGUACUCAUGGCCAAUACAAACCCAUCAGAACUGCACAGUCACCGGACAUCCUGCCGGAGACGGCCAAACUGUGGAAUUGUGGGACAGCAAGAGAUGUUGACAAAACAGAGACGGUGGAGUCCACAGGUGCACAGACGGUACAACGUCAAGUGGAACGGCUGCAGUUGAAGGAACAGGAAGCAGCAUGUCGGACCCAAAACGACAGAGAACAGGAGGCGAAGACAGCUGAAGGCCAGAAGAGACCUGACAUACUCAAAGAGACGCCGAAAUCACAAGUCCAACAAAAAUCCCAACGGUCACAUCCUAAACCCCAGCAGCUCAAGUCCUUCACAGUCAACGCCCGGAAUGCCCAAGCAACAGAAAACACUUCAAUAUCCCCAGAACAAGGCAACUGUCCGUCAUCCUCUUCUCCCUCUACAACUCCCACCCCUCCUCUCUUUUCCAUUAGGAGCGCCUCCGGUGGACCAGGUAAGAGGGGAACUACCAUCACCAUCACUCCCAGGAGAUCUGGUGCAGUGACCCCAUCCGCAGGUACCCCGACAGGACCCUCAGCGACUCCCUCAAGAGCCGCGCCUCAGGGCCAGACACGCACGACGAACACCGGUGGCAACAGAGAAGCAAACAAAAAGAGAUAUCCAACAGCGGAAGAGAUCGAGGUGAUCGGUGGAUAUCAGAGUCUGGAGCGCUCGUGUUUGGUGAAGAGCAGAGGAGCACCAAAAGCGGUGAAGGUGUGUUUCGAUGACAUUCAGCUGGAGAGAGUUUGUGAGUAUCCGUCAGAAGACCGUACGCUUGAAUCUUUCCCCUGCACUCCUCAUUCGGGGUCAGAGGACGGGCGGUGUGGGGGGGAUCAGGAGGAAGAUGAGGAUGAGGAGAACACGUCCCGCAGUGACAUGAGUGUGAACGCAGGAAGAGUUCGAUUCCUCAGAGUGGAUGAAUCCUGUAAACUUAACUUUCUGUCUUCAUGAUGAACAAUUACAACCUUUAGCUUUUAUAUUUUUCACCCUUAAACUGUAAGUAAUAAUGCAAAAUGUUUUUAAAAAAGUAUUUAAAUGAGAUAUGAUGAUUUUAAAAGCAUGAUUUUAGCUUUUAGGUAAGAUUAUUUAAAUUCUUGAGUUGUAAAAAGAAACUUUGUGAUGCUGUUAUAAGUGUUAAUCUCAGGUCCUGAUGGUUUCCAGAGUUUUAUGAAUAAAAAACUCAGAUCUGUACAUGUCUGAAGGCUUUGUGUAUUUGAACUGUAACUGCGAAAGAUGAUUUUACCUGGUCUUGUAUUACAGGAGUUUUUUGUUAUUUAUAAACUAAAUAAACCCUUCAGCUUCUAAUCUGAGGAGAGAAGGAUGGGACAUGUGUCACUUCUUGUGAAUGUAUGAUUAUGAUUAAUAAAACGUUUUUUUGGAAAAGGG